UGAAAAUAAGGCUUAAAUCUGUUCUUCUCUUUUAUUUAUUACAGAGGGGAGAAAGAAAAAACCAAAGGGUUUCCUCCGACUCUGUGUUGCGUGAGAGACCAAACUUACAUUCGAAGCUUCUCCGUAACUUUUCAAUUAAAAAAAACGUGUAAAAUUACUGAAAAAAGAAAAAAAAAAUCGUCGUAGAAGCUCAGAGGAGGAGGAAGAAGAAGAAGCCUUGGGGGGUUUCGUAGAGAGGAAUAUUAAUUGUUUUAAUUGAAGUGGGGUUUCGUGAAGAGAAGUUUGAUCCUUGUUCGACUUUGACACUCGUCUCUUCACGCAAUCGUCUUCCUUCUUCGUCUCACGUCUUCUAGGGUUUGCUUAAAUUUUGUUCCUUUUGAUUUUAAAAAGUAAAAUUUCUGGGGAAAUUGGCUUAAAAGUUGGAGAAUUUGAGGAUAUCUCGUCGUGGGUACUUCGGAAAAUAUAGAAAGUCUUAAACUUUGACGAAUCUAUAGUCUGGUCAAGGAUCGGAGAUUAUAGAAAGCCUUAGUCUUGGAUAGAUCUCUUGGUUUGGUUAUUGAUUAGGGGGUCUUUGUUGGCUAUACUACGAUGAGCGGAAGCUUCACUGAUGAUGAUGGCAACAAGCUUAUUCUCUGCGUGGCGGAGAACGGUCGUACAUUCGAAUUCAACUGCAGCGAGACAACUCCGGUUGAAUCCGUGAUGCGUUUCGUCGAAUCCGUGUCGGGGAUCAGCUUCUCCGACCAGCUUCUUCUCUCGCUCGACAUGAAACUCGAGCCUCAGAAGCUGCUCUCUUCUUUCGGCCUUCCUUCUAGUAAUCGACAAGUGUUUGUUUUCAACAAGGCUAUGCUGCAGAGCAGCUCUCAUCCUCCGUUACCAGAAGAUGUUGAUUCACAGGACGUCGACGAUGCUCUACCUCCCGCUCCUCCGCUCCAUGAACAUCAUCCCUUGGACGACGCGUUGGAUCCGGCUCUAAAGGCGUUGCCUUUGUACGAGAGGCAGUUUCGUUACCACUUCCAUAAAGGCCGCGCCUUCUACAACUGCACGGUCCUAAAGCACGAGAGCUGCGAGAGGCUGACGGGAGAGCAGAAGGUGCAGCAGCGGGCUGUCGAAGUCGCUACGAGGAACUUGGAGCAGUAUUACAGGGUGAUCUUUCAGAACUUUCUCGAGUUUAUGAAGCGUUACAAGCACCAGCACCGCCUCCACUCUGAUCUGCUGGUGAAUUUCGGGAGGGAUGUUGAGAAGCUGAGGUCUGUUAAGGUUCACCCUUGUCUUCAAACCGAUUCGAGGAAGUGCUUGCUGGACUUCGUCAAGGAAGAUAACCUCAAAAAGGCCGUGGAGAAUUGCGCGAGCUCUCACAAGCAGUUUGAGAACAAGAUCGCUCAGUUCCAGCAGAUGUUUGUGGAGGUAAAGCGCAAGGUUGAGGAGCUGUUUGCUUGCAGGGAUUCCUUGACGAUGAAGAACUUGGAAGCGACCGUUAAGGACCACGAACGGUACAUUAACGAGCAGAAGAGCAUAAUGCAAUCUCUCAGCAAAGAUGUCAAUACGGUUAAGAAGCUUGUGGAUGAUUGCAUGUCUAGCAGCCAAUCCUCCUCAUCUCUCCGACCUCAUGAUGCUGUUUCAGCCCUGGGUCCUAUGUACGAAGUGCACGACAAGAAUCACCUCCCCAAGAUGCAGGGCUGUUAUAACUCAGUUUCAGAGCUGCUGGAUUACUGCAAGAACAAGAAGAAUGAGAUGAACAACUUUGUACACGGUUACAUGCAAAAGAUAACGUACGUCACGUAUGUCAUCAAAGACGCCAAGUUACAGUUUCCUGUUUUCAGAGAGGCGAUGGUGCGUCAGGAUGACUUGUUCGCUGACCUGAAGUUAGUCCGUGGUGUUGGCCCCGCUUAUAGGGCAUGCCUCGCAGAGGUUGUGAGGAGGAAAUCGUCUAUGAAGCUUUACAUGGGCAUGGCUGGGCAGUUGGCAGAGAAGCUUGCUAUGAAGAGGGAAACAGAGGUCAGGAGACGUGAGGAGUUUCUCAAAACGCAUGGUCCUUUUUUACCUCGUGAUGUGCUGUCCUCAAUGGGUUUAUAUGAUACUCCCACUCAGUGUGAUGUCAAUGUCGCUCCUUAUGAUACUAGUUUGAUCAAUAUCGAAAUGGCAGACGUUGAUCGAUAUGCUCCUGAGUAUCUGGUUGGGUUACAUUCGAAGGUUGCAUCCUCGAGGAGCUCACUGGGCAUGUCUAGUGAUAGCUCGCUUUCCGCUGAGGCUGAGGAGACAGGUUUAGACAGAGACGGUUUUGAAGAUAUCCUAGAGGGUUCUGAAUUGGUGGAGAUAGCAGGAACCAGCAAGAUGGAGGUUGAGAACGCGAAACUAAAAGCUGACCUUGCUUCUGCAAUCUCUAGGAUAUGUUCAUUAGGGCCACAAGUUGAAUACGAGGUGCUGGAUGGAAGUGAAGUAGAGAAUCUGUUGAAAAAUGCGGCGGAAAAGACGGCAGAGGCACUGCAGGCCAAAGACGAGUAUGAGAAACAUCUCAUAUCUAUGCUCAAGGAAAAACAAAGGCACUGUGAUUCAUAUGAGAAGCGCAUCCGUGAACUGGAACAGCGUCUCAACGAUGAGUAUCUACAAGGAAAGAGAUAUGUUAGUAGUAAGGAUGUGAACAAAGCAGACGUGGAAGGCAACAAAGGUCAUGUAUCUGGUUCGGAGCCCAUGGAUGAGGUGUCAUGUGUUUUAAAUCUUUCUAGCAAGCAGCAGCCAUGUAAAGCUAGGGAAGGUAUGGAUGAGAACAUGGUGGAUUCCUCUCAGGUGCUCAGUCAUCCUCUUGAUUCAUCGAUGCUGGAAAGCCAGCAAAACAAUGAGAAAGGUGGAAAGGAUAAUGUGUUUCUGAGUGACAGUUCGACAGCCGAGAGCCCAUCAAAAUCUUUGGGUAAUAACGUGGUAGCGGGCAUAGGUUUAGAUACCAAACACAGUGAUGAUAUUAUCUUGGAACUUAAAAGUGAGCUGGUGGAUAAGUCCAAUAAACUGAGUGAAACAGAGUCAAAGCUAAAUGGUGCUAUGGAAGAGGUAGCCAACCUGAGCAGAGAGUUGGAAAUGAAUCAGAAAAUUCUCGAAGAAUCCCAGAUGAACUGUGCGCAUUUGGAGAACUGCUUACAUGAAGCAAGAGAAGAAGCACAGACCCAUCUCUGUGCUGCUGAUCGUAGAGCUUCUGAGUACAAUGCACUUCGUGCAUCAGCUGUGAAAAUGCGAAGUCUCUUUGAAAGAUUCCGGAGCUCUGUGUGUGCUGGCGGUGGGGUUGCUGGUUUUGCUGACUCAUUGCGUACUUUGGCUCAAGCUUUAGACAACUCCAUUAAUGACAAUGAGGAUGAUGGUACUGUUGAGUUCCGGAAGUGCAUCCGAGUUCUGGCAGACAAAGUUAGCUUCCUCUCCAAAAACCGAGAGGAGCUAUUUGAGAAGUGCCGGAAUCUUGAAGCUACAAGUGAACAGACGAUAAAGGACUUGAAGGAAAAGAAAGAGCUGGUGAAAACAUUGUACACUAAGCACCAACUUGGGAAGCAGGCGAAUAAGGAAAAGAUAUCAUUUGGUCGUCUUGAAGUCCAUGAGAUAGCAGCAUUUGUGCUAAACCAAGCAGGGCAUUACGAGGCAAUCAACAGGAACUGCCCAAACUACUACUUGUCCUCUGAAUCCGAGGCAUUGUUCACAGAUCACCUCCCGAACCGGCCUACAUACAUCGUUGGACAGAUUGUACACAUCGAGCGCCAAGCAGUGAAGCAGGCACCGACUCUUUCAGCUUCUGCAUCUCCUGAGGCUGGUAAGAAAGAUUAUCUCGGCUCAAGAAAUCUGGGAUCAAGUUCAAUGUCAACAUCAUCAUCUUCGGGAGCAACGACAACAAACCCUUAUGGUCUCUCUUCAGGAUGUGAAUACUUCAUAGUGACAAUAGCAAUGCUUCCUGACACUGCUAUUCAUCAACAAGCUUCCUGAUCCUUUUGUGAUAUGAUGGAAGAAACCCCUCCCCUUAAAAAAAAAGAACCAAAAAAAUGUAAAUACUUAAAUAACCGGACAGCCCUUGUGUUUGAUUUAUGGGUGUUGGGUUUCAUUUGUCUUUUUCAAAAAAAUAUAUUUUAUUUCAUGUUCUUUCUGUACAGCUGAUGAUGAUUCCUGAUCUUAGUUUAAUCUUUUAUCCUUGUA